AUGGAAGGCUCCAACGAUCAGCUCUCUGACCGUACGCUCCCAGACGGAGGGUACUACCGGGAUGGCGAAGCACAGCCCGGGAUCGAUCUCCAAGCAAGACGCCAGGUGAUUGAAGACCUCGUCUAUGAAGACGAGACUACGUCCUCUAUGAGUGGCGUGGAGGACAGGCUCGUGGUAGCCGAAGAUCCUCCGUUGAGGUUGUUGAGCCGAGUGCCGGUUCCAGCCCCAUUUCAUGAAACUCGACCGUCGCUUGGUCCAUUUCCAGUGAUGGUCCACUCCCAAAAAGUGCAUCAUCAUUAUAAGCAGAUUGUAGAUGAUCCUGCUCUAGCUGUGUUGGAACGAGCACGACGGGACGAACAGAUUAUUGGCCAGGCUGCGGAGUUCGCCCGGGUGUCUGUCAAGAACGAGUCAAUGCAAAGCGCUGGACUUGCGCUGCAAGAAGAGCUCAAGGCGGCUAGACAAGCCGGAGAAGAGCAAGCGAUGCGGGUGGCACAGGCUGAGGCACAGUUGCAGCAUUACCACACACAGCAACAAAUCGCUACUGAUGAGGCCCGAAAGGCCCUCGAAGUAUCUCGGCAGUUGGAAUCUCAAGUUGCCGAAUUAUUGCGCCGUGACCGGGAGGGUGAAGCUGCGAUGGAACGCGAGCGCAUGGCGUGGACUCAGUCUCUUAAGGUUGAGAUGAGUCGUGGCCGGAGCGAUGCAAAUCGUGUUGGAGAUGUCAAUGUUCCUGGGGUUGCACCACCUGGAAGUUGGCCUCAAUCGACUACGGGAGUGGAUUCGGGGAGGAGUGCCUUCUCGGGUCGCCAGCAAAUGGUCCCUCUGCUCAGUGGAUUCGCUGCACCGAAAGCCCCUCGUUACACGGGACAUUCGGUGGACCACCGCAAGACGUUUGCCAAGCAAUACCAUGGGAAGGAGGCGUCAUCGGUCACGAAUGCUGAGUGGAUGGCAUACUUCCAGUACGCCCUCGAUUACCAUGGUCCCGAUUACGGCGAUCUCGAGACGAAGAUCAAGUCGUCUGUCGUUAUGGAUGACAAAGAGCUGGACGCCGAUCGGUGCUACGACAAGUGGGUAUAUUCAUACUGGUCUCUGUUGGAAAGGAACAACAUGAUGUCAUUCCAUACCAAGCAUCCCAAGGCGGCUGUGAAGGCGCUGGUGGAAGGGCUUCGCCCACCCGCGCUCAAGGCAUUCAUGGCGUUUGUUAAGGUCAAGCUGGUUGCGCAACUCGAGUUCACGCGGGCCGCCAAGGUGUCAGGGAUCGUAAAGACUUCGGGAGACGAAUCGUCCCGGGCCGGCUCUGUUGCACCAAGGAAUGUUAAGGCCUUGAUGAACACCGUUUCCUCGGGAACGCCUGGCCGCCAGGACAUCAAGAAGGCGCCAAGUUGUUGGGCAUGUCGCGGAAAUCACAGGAUUGAAGCCUGUGUUGAAGUCUCUGAUGCUGAGAAGAAAGCGAUCCGGGACAAGCGGAAGGGUGAAUGGGCCGAGAAGAAGGAGAGGAAGCCGACCAAAUCAAAGGUCGUGAAGUCUCUCCGUUGGAUGAGUGAGCAGCCAGCUGACGGAUGUUGCUGGUCCGAGAUCCCUGGAGUCGCGCUGGAGAAGCCCAUCUCAACGUUGAUCGACUCGGGAAGUGAUCCCGGGAUGCUUCUCUCCAAUGGUCUUAUCGACCUCAUCGCCCUGCAUUCGAACGUAGAUCUUCAGGCGAAGGAGUUGCCCACGCCCCAGGUCAUGGAGGGUUUUGGCGGCGGACUGUUGUCCCUGUCCAAGCAUGUGCUCCUGCCCGAGCUGGUUCUCUUGACGGGGGAGGCGCCGUUGGUUUUGAAGAACGUGAGCGCUUGGGUGGACACUUCCGACUCGGGAUUGAACAUUACUGUUGGCCGUCCUGUUAUGGAGGCACUAGGGUAUUCGACUGAAGACCUCCUCAAGACAGCUUCCGCAACGCAGGACGCCUACGAUUUGGGUGACCUCUCGGUGCUAGACUUCGAGGGUGCCUCAUCUGCGGCGCGCGCUUUGAAGGCACGUUACGCACAGAUGUUGGCUGAAUCAGGAGACCUCGAUGAUUUCGAGGACGACGUCCCGGCCAUCAAUGGCAACCCCAAGCUCGCAGUGCGCCGCAUCCUGGAGCAGAAGGUUCAAGAAGCGCAAUGCAAGGGAUUGUCUGAAUCCGGCGCUAUUCGGUUGCAUGACCUGCUCCGGGAAUUCGAAGAAGUCUUCCGGGUGCAGUUCCAGGACGAUCCUCCCGUAGCCGUCGACCCCCUGCAGGUUCGGUUCAAGCCAGAUGCCGUCCCGACCACGUGCAAGGCACGGCGCUAUUCUCCUUUGCAAACGGACUACUUGCGCAGCCACCUGGCAGAAAUUGUAGAAGCUGGAUUGGCUCGCCGUACCCUUUGA